AUGCAUGGGCUGCUUCGCGCUCCCAGAGCGGUGCACGCGUUGGCGUCGUCUCUGCCGCGCUGUCUAACGACUCUCUCCACUUCACGUCGUGCAUUUGGCCUGCAUCGCACCACAGGUCUUCUGAAGUCAGAGAAAAUGGAGGAGAAUGCGGCGUCGCAGCCGCUGACCGUCUACCACCCCCAAGCAGGUCUUCAAGAUACCCCCGCCCAGGUGGAUUUGUCCUCUCUCUUCUACGACACGUCCGUGGUUGACAUCACGCUUUCCAAGCGAAAGUUCACCAAAGACGACGACGAUGGCAGUUUUAUGUUUGGCCAGGUGCCACGUGGGCACAUGAAAAGGGAGCAAGUACUGAAGUACAUUGACAUGGAUGAGCUGAAGAAGGCAAGCGAGCUGCUGGAGGUACCAGACGCCUACACCUACCCGCUGCAUCGGAUGGAAACUAUUUCCGAGGCGAUCAUGCGCACGAUGCAGUCGCGUGUGCUGAUGUGCAAAUACGCCUCGCUGGACGACUUUUACACAAUGAAGCGACACAUCGGGACCGACGAAGAUGUGAUGCGCGCGACUCUGCCCGGCAACUCCAUCUACUUCCAGUUUAUCCACUUAGGCGGCGCCAAGGAUGCUGACGGGCCAACCUCAUCAUCGUCAUUGUCGAGUCACCAUGCGAAGCAGCAGGAGGUCAAGGCAGUGCGCGACGCCGUAGAGAAGAUACUGCGCCGCUACGUGUGUCGAAUAUUGGAGCCCUUUCCGAACGAGCUCGCCAUUGACGUGACGCACUACGCAACCUAUCUACCACUGCUGAACGUGAGCCGUCGAAAUGUGUCUCAGGUGCUGAAGGAUGUUGAGGAUUAUAUUGCAAAGAAGCCGGUGAACAAAGAGGGCAUCGCUGGCCCGCCUUCAGAAAAGGAGAUCGAGCCCUUGACGCCCGACGCGCUCGCAGCAGAGAUCGCUCGCAUUAUCCGGCGCGAGGUGCUGACACGGCGCCCGCAGAGCGCCAGCGAAGGCAGUGGAGAAGCGACCCGAACGACGGACGCACAGGAAACGCCCAGCUCCGCUGAUGCCGCCUCCACCGCGGCGGUCCGCGUCUGCAUUGGUGUGGCCACAAGCCCUGUCUUGGCAAAGAUUGCUUGCGACGCAGAGGUGUUAGCGGUGAUGGCUAAAUUACGCGAUGAGCAGGCCGCAUCCCUAACGACAGGCAAGGGUGGUGGCAGUAGCGGCGUCCCACUCGUCUCUAUCCGCUCCUUCCACCGCCACAUCCGCUCCAUGAAGGCGUCACGCGACUUUAUGGCGAGUUUUCCGGUGAGUCGCGUGCCCGUCUUCACGCCCGCCUUUGUGGAACUGCUGAAGCGCAUUUUUGGUAUCGUAACCUGCAGAGACUUCUACGAAAAGCGUUACCACCUUUACUACUGCAUGUCGAGGGAAACGGCCCAUGCGUGCUACGCCGCUGCUUUUGGUCGAAUGUACUUCGAGGAAGAGGUGGUCACGUCACUGGUGGCACCGGAAAACCUGAGGCGCUCCAUCGCACCACUUGAGUUCAUGGCGAGCAACCGCAUAAGCAUUGUGAAUGAAGAUCGCACCGACUACAAUGUAACCAUGCGCAGCGUUAUUAUUGGUCAGCUUCGCAAGCAGCUGGGCAAUGUUGGCUGCAAGGCAACUCAGGUACCAUUUGGCCGUUUAUCCACGGAUGACGCGAUCCACCGCACUGCGGAAGCAGCGAUGCGUUCACUGCACCGUUACAUGUACACUAAAGGGCUCACCUACGCCGGGGUCCGAGUCACACUGCACCGUAGCAACAUUGAUCCGGUGAUGGGGAGGUUUGAAGGCGAGACCACCGAGGAAGCCGCCGUUGCGGUGCUUCACCGAGUGUUAGCAAAGCUCCUGCCAUACCGUAACUGCCUCGAAGAUUCCACAGAGGGGCAAAACACUGCGAGGUACAUCACCCUGGCCGUCUUUGGCAUCUCGCUGAUACCCAUGGUGCCGCCUAUAAUGAUAGCAGAAGCAAAGAAGUUGGAGAAGCUGUACUUCACCGCCAAGGGAUUUUUCCUGCUUUAUCAAGGCCGCAUAAUGAGACGCAAUGAGAUGCUGGCAACCGGUGGUGCAGAAGCGAAGAGUAGCGGGAGAAAAAGAAAGCCCGGCAAGGUAGACUCUGUGGUGUAUGUGUAA